AAGCUAACCAUUUCUCUUCAUAACAAUGUCGAUGGUGGCGUUCAUACUCCGGCGAAAAGUACACACAAAACCCUACAUUUCUCAACAAUCAUCGCUUUACGCCACGACGCCGGCGAUAAAGAGUUCGAAUAAUCAACGGAUUGAGAAAAUACUCAUAGCUAAUAGAGGUGAAAUUGCUUGUAGAAUUAUUAGAACUGCUAAGAGAUUAGGGCUUCGUACUGUUGCAGUUUACAGUGAUGCGGAUAGAGAUAGCUUACAUGUGAAAUCCGCCGAUGAGGCUUUUCGUAUCGGUCCUCCUCCUGCUCGUUUGAGCUAUUUGAAUUCUUCUGCUAUUAUUGAAGUUGCUAAUAAAUCUGGAGCUCAGGCUAUCCACCCAGGUUAUGGAUUCUUAUCUGAAAGUGCUGAUUUUGCUCAACUUUGUGAGGAUGAGAAUCUCUUAUUUAUUGGACCUCCUGCAUCUGCAAUCCGUGACAUGGGUGAUAAAAGUGCUUCAAAGAGAAUAAUGGGUGCAGCUGGGGUUCCACUUGUGCCUGGAUAUCAUGGUGAUGAGCAAGAUAUUGACUUUAUGAAGUUGGAAGCAGACAAGAUUGGGUAUCCUAUUUUAAUUAAGCCAACCCAUGGAGGUGGAGGGAAGGGUAUGAGGAUUGUUCAGAGCCCAAAUGAGUUUGCGGACUCAUUCUUGGGGGCCCAACGUGAGGCAGCUGCAUCAUUUGGUAUAAGUACAAUCCUACUGGAGAAAUAUAUUACUAAACCAAGACACAUAGAAGUCCAGAUAUUUGGGGAUAAACAAGGUAAUGUAAUACAUCUCUAUGAGAGAGAUUGUAGUGUGCAGCGAAGACACCAGAAGAUAAUAGAAGAAGCUCCAGCUCCUAAUGUGAGCUCUGACUUCCGCUCCCAUCUGGGUCAAGCAGCUGUAUCUGCAGCUAAGGCAGUCAAUUACCACAGUGCAGGAACUGUUGAGUUUAUAGUUGAUACACAAUCUGGACAAUUUCAUUUUAUGGAGAUGAACACCCGUCUUCAGGUUGAACAUCCAGUUACAGAGAUGAUUGUUGGUCAAGAUCUUGUAGAGUGGCAAAUACGUGUUGCAAAUGGGGAGCCUCUUCCCUUAACUCAGUCAGAGGUGCCAUUUUCAGGUCAUGCUUUUGAAGCCCGAAUUUAUGCUGAAAAUGUUCCGAAAGGAUUUCUUCCAGCAACUGGUGUUCUUCAUCAUUAUUGUCCUGUUACAGCUACAUCAACAGUAAGAGUUGAGACUGGAGUGGAGGAAGGGGACACAGUAAGCAUGCAUUAUGAUCCCAUGAUUGCAAAGCUAGUAGUAUGGGGACAGGACCGCCUUUCAGCACUGAUAAAAAUGAAGGAUUGCUUGUCAAAGUUUCAGGUUGCAGGUUUACCCACCAAUAUAGACUUUAUCAUUAAGCUUGCCAGUCAUAGGGCUUUUCAAAAUGGUGAAGUAGAAACUCAUUUUAUUGAGCGGUACAAGGAUGAUCUGUUCAUAGACGGUUCCAAUUCAAUAUCAGCGGAAAAAGCUGAGAGUGCUGCCAAACAUGCUGCAUCCAUUGUAGCUGCAUGCAUUUGCCAAAAUGAACUUGCAACAUUGAAGGAUAAGGCUCCUGGAGGCCUUCAUUUGUGGUAUGGUAAUCCUCCAUUCAGAAUCAAUCAUUUUGCUAAGCGAACAGUGGAUCUUGAAUGGGAGAAUCAAUACAGUAUUAGCGGUUCAAAUCUUUUAACAGUCUCCAUUACCUAUUUGCCAGAUGGGAAAUACCUAGUUGAGACAGGAGAAAGCAAUUCCCCUGGUUUGGAGAUCCAAGUGACACAACUAAGCAACAAUGACUACAGAGUUGAAGUGGAUGGUCUAAGCCUGAAUGUCUGCUUGGCAGCUUACUCCAAGGAUCAAAUUGAGCAUAUUCACAUCUGGCAUGGCGACUCUCAACAUCACUUUAAACAAAGGAUGGGCCUUGAAAUCUAUGACGACGACGAAACAAUAGACAAGCCUGCUAGGGUGGUGACAUCUUAUCCUUCUGGCACCGUGAUUGCACCCAUGGCUGGGCUAGUGGUUAAAGUAUUGGUGAAGGAUGGGGAGAAAGUUCAGGAGGGACAACCUGUGUUGGUAUUAGAAGCAAUGAAGAUGGAGCAUGUCGUGAAAGCACCAGCUAAUGGUUAUGUAAGAGGGCUUGAAGUCAAAGUGGGCCAAUCGGUCCAAGAUGGUGUUAAACUCUUUGCUCUCAAGGACUGAAAUAUAUCCCGAGGCUAUGACAUCAUUCUACACAACUGUAUUUAUGACCUUCCUAUGAGGACUGUACAUCCAAUAGGUAUAAGAAUAACAACAUUGAGAUGUAAAAUCUCUUGGAGUUUCAUCUUCUGUAUUUCAAAUACAUUUACUUGUAAAUGACUUUCCAGCUCAAAAUUUGUCCAGAUUAGUGGUAUAUGAUCAAUGGUUGCUCAUGCAUUUCUAAGAUAUACAAGCAAAGUUCUUUCUGCUUA